AUGGAGGCGGUUUCACAAAUGCCUAAAUAUGCCAAAUUCCUUAAGGAGCUUCUAACUAAUAGAAAGAAGAUGGAAGAGGUGAAGAAAGUGGUCCUAAACGAGAACUGUUCAGCUGCCAUGUUAAACAGACUACCUAAGAAAAAGGGUGAUCCGGGAAGCUUAACAUUGCCUUUUCAAUUCGGAAACUUAGCUACCAUUUAUGCAUUGGCUGAUUCGGGGGCAAGUGUAAAUCUCAUGCCAUACUCAUUCUUCAAGAAACUAGAUCUUUCGGAGCCAAGGCCAAUCCGAAUGUCAAUUCACCUAGCAAAUAAAACGGUCACAUUCCCAAGGGGAAUAUGCGAAGAUCUAUUGGUGAAGGUCGAUAAGUUCGUGUUUCCCGUGGACUUCAUAGUUUUAGACAUGGAAGGGGAUCCUCAAGUCCCGAUCAUACUUGGAAGACCUUUCUUAAACACCGCGAGUGCGAUAGUUGACAUGCAAGAUUCUAAAAUUACUCUUCGGGUGGGAGACGAAUCAAUUACUUUUGGGGUUGAUCAAGCCAUGAAGCAUCCAAGGAAUAGUGAUGAUACGACAUUUUCGGUUGAUAUGUUGGAAGAAUUAAUGGAGGAAUGGAAUGAAGAUGAGCCAAACAAGUCCACCGUCCCCCUUGAAGAAGAAUUUGAUGCUGAAAGAGACCUGCUGGAAAUAGAGAGACUGCUCGAGGAAGCUGAAUAUAAUGAUCUGAUCAAAAGUGCAGAAUACCUGACUCGCCGAGUAGCCACGAUCGACUCGACGAGUCCAUUCAAAGAAACCCAAUCAGUCACGAAUUUUACCCAGGACUCGAUGAGUCCCUUCACUGGACUCGACGUGUGCAGUAUUCAGAACACAAAAACUGAACUUAAAGCACUACCAAAUCACUUGGAGCAUGCAUAUCUUGAAGAUGGCCAACAAAAACCAGUAAUUAUAGCUGCUGAUUUGGCUAAACAUGAAAAAGAAAGUCUUGUGGGUGUACUACGGAAAAGGCAAGGUGCUAUAGCAUGGAAGAUGACCGAUAUCAAGGGAAUUAGUUCGGCUUAUUGUUCUUUUCAAGAUUAA